AUGGACAUAAUACAUAAAUUAUCUGCACUUGAUACAUUAAAAAUAUCUUCUUUUACAUUAUUACAAACUAGAUUUUUAUCUAUCGAAGAUAACAAUUUUCGUUUUAUAUCAAAUAAAAAUAAUAUUACGAUAGUUUAUUUGGAAAAAAUGUUUUCAAUUGAAGAAAUUUAUUUUCUUAUCAGAUUUUGUCCUCGUAUAACAUAUCUCAAAGUUGAUUUUAUAAAUGAUAUGAAUAUUAAAUUAUUUGUCAAAGAUAUUUUAAAGAAAAUUAAUAAUGAUUGUAAUCAAAAUGUUUGUUCAAUAUGUAUUCAUAGUCCAACAACAGAUAAUGAAAUCAUUCAAAAAUUAGAAGAAAUGAUUAAUCGUGAGAAAUUACUUCAUAAUCUUACAAUUAAAUCUAUAGUUGACAACAUCUAUUUGCAAUGA